AGAUAUUAGUGACGUUUCUGUCAGAUCGUAUUUCAGAACCUCGUGCGUCUUUACUAGUAGUCUGUGUGUACGGUCUAAAUUUGCGUUCUUGAAGUUUAUUGCGUUCGUUGCGAAGUCUUUGGAUCUUGCGUAUAUAACUACUCAGGCGUACAGAGAGGACAAUCGAAAUCGAGCGAUGGCAACCGCAGGAUCAGCUGUAUCAACAAGCGAAGAUAAUUGGGAAGAGUUUGGAAAGACAGCCAAGAUGGUUAAGGAGGAAUUGAGCAACAAUGUUGAGAGCUUAAUGAAAGCAAUGGAAGAGGUUCGAGAGAUCUGUAAUAAGUUCUAUAAGGCGUUCUGCAAUAAAAUUCCUUCCAAACCAGAGGAAAUCAAGCAGCUGCAGGAUAAUUUGGAGGAAAAGGUAGUUAAAUUGAAAGAAGAACUUAACAAGGCAGAAUCUGAAGAAUUAACCAUUGUAUUUGUGGGACGUACAAGUAGUGGUAAGUCAUCUGUGAUAAACGCAAUUCUUCGAGACUGCCGUCUUCCCACUGGACCACUCCAAACAACAAUGUGCAGAAUUCAGGUUCGCCCUACGACUGAUGAAAAGUGGAGUGUUAUCAAAAUAGGUUGUGAAACGCCAUUAUCCGACCAAAUGAGCAAAAAAAAAGUAAAGGCCCUUUUAAGUAAACUGACUGGCAACUCAAGAGCCGAAUGGAAGAAAUUCGACAUUAACUCUCACAGUGUCAUACAAGUGAAUUGGCCUCGCAACCUCUGCAGUCUUCCUGAAAAUAUCGUCUUGAUAGAUACACCCGGUUCAAACGAGAACAAAGAUUGUGACCAAGUUACGCUUGACUCUUGCAAGGAAGCAGAUAUCAUCGUCGCUGUGAUGGAUUUCAGGUCACCUUCCGUACAAGAUAUCGCAUAUGUGUUUAACAAGGUUAACUGCCAACACACUUUUGGCGUCUUUACAAAAUGGGAUGAGUUGUUACAGAAAGAAGAAGAAGAGGAAGAAGAAGAAGAAGGGAAUCAGGAAGAUAAAGGAAACGGACACGGGGAAAACAGAGCAACAAUCAACUUAGAGCGGCAACAGGCGCGAGAACAAGACGAAAUGGAUUUUCGGAAUUUGGUUAAAGGCAAAAGCGAGGUUUAUUUCGUUGAUGCAAAGCAUGUUUCAAAAGCGAAGGAGACGCAAGAAAGCAUCGAGGGAAGAGAAAAUUUUCUACGGUUUGAGAGAGAUCUGGCAGAGAGUGCAAAAUGUGUUAAAGCGCGAAAAGGCGUUGUUCUGAUAGAGCAAGCUGAAGCUCUCACUUCAAAUUAUGGGGAGGACUUUACAACAUUUAAAAGUAUUAUUGAAGGUAGGAAAAAAAGUGCUGAAGAUCGUCUACAUGACUUAAAUAGGAAACUGAGCACCAUGGAAAAAGAAAAGGACUCUCUUGAUACGGUGAACAAGGAAGUGAAGAAGCUCGAUGAUCUGAUACGAAAUAAUCUCGCUGAUGGAGUGAUAGAUCGGUUGAUGGAGGAACUUGAAAACCAGAUCAAGGCUUGCAACUCUGAAAAAAGUGAGGAUGAAGCUAUUCACACAUUUUUUAGGGAAAAGAUUGGUGGAAUCAACACAUCUUUACGGCAACAAACUGAAAAGGUAGAUGAAGAGCAUCAGAAGUGGAAAGCCGAACUCCGAACUAAAUACGGAGCAUCUGUGAUUGAAACAUUGCCAUCCUGUGAAUCAACAGAGCCGAAAAAACCUGAAGAUAGCGGCUGUGACGAUAAGAGUGACCCUCAUGCCUUCAUCACAAGUGACAACAUCUGGAAAAACUUGUUGUCCUCUGCCUCUCUGAUUGCAGGAGUAUUGCCACUGCUAGGAAGACCUAAACAUGAAGGGAUUGUUGUUGCUGCUACUGCUGCUGUUGCUCAUACUAUUGUUGAACAUAAAAGGUUCUUUAUGGGGCCCAGUCAAGAGAGGGUGAAAAAAGUGAAAGAAUUUGUAAAGGCUGUUUUGAUGAAGAUGAGGGAACAAUUUUCAAAAUACAAAGAACUUAUCGAAAAAAAAAUUAAUACUACCUCUGAAAAAAUUUCAUCAGAGAUAGAAGCCAAGAAAGAGCGUUCGUCUACAGAAAUUUCUACUCUGGCUGAGGAAUUAAAUCAACUACAAGAGUGGUCAAAGAAAAUUACCAAGAGUACAAACAGCCUGCGGGAGGUCUGCAAAGAACUUGACAAGCUAAAGAGUGUGUUGGAAGGUCCAGACACAGUUUCUCCGGAUGACCAGACAGAAAACCAGUCACCUGUCCAACCAGUUGACUAGGAGUUGCUCCUACUAACCCAGGGACAAAGCGGAAUGUGCUGACAACAAAAUGGCGAGAUUAAGUCGAAUUCAAGAUUUUCAGAUGAUAUCAAAGUUUAUUAUAUUUAUAUAGAGUGGAAUUACCCAAUCAAGAAAAAAAAAGGAAGAAGAAAGUCCAUUCUGCGUGGUCUUACAAAGCCAGUUAAAUCUUAUUAUAUAUUGAAACUUUAUUAUAUAUUGGAUCUUUACCGUCAGUGAGCUGGUCACCCUUUGCCAGCAGCUCUUUUCGUUUGAUAUUUACUGUAUGGCACUGAAAUUGCAAGAUAGAACGCCAGAUACUCUGCAGUCUCUCUAAUGCAAGCUCACCAAAAUUGUGUUUUGUAAAUAACCAAUCCAUGUAUAUAGAAGAGAGAUGGUAAGUUUUGAGCUUGGUAAAGAAAUAGGAAAAGGCAUUUUUGCAUCUUGUCACGAGUAUGAGACGAAGAAACAAAUCCCGAGUCCUCAUGAGGAAUCGAACCUCAAACCGUCAGACUCCGCGCUCUUUAUUUGAAAACCAAUCCAUAUUUUUAAUUUCAAUUCAUUUCUUUGACUGGUCAUUUCUCUUGGCAUUCAUCGCUAGUUUAAGGGCAAUAUGCAAUGUAGAAUGACAGAUAUUCUGUGGUAACACUUACGCUAGGUUAGGAUGAUGAGGUUUCGUAAAUUCGGUUAACAGCCAAAAUGAUACCAAUACUAGAUUUCACUGUAAUUCUAUUCAAUUAAGCUUUUUCUUUCCCUUUGCUUUGGGUGGGCACUUCUGGAUUUUGUGCCACAUCUACUGCUUCAUUAUUGGACUGAUGAAGUGGUGACUGGAAUAUUACUCCACCUUUGUAUCUUGCCACGGCUACAUCCAGCGCCUGACCUGACUGGCCACUUUGAUUGGAUGGAUUCAAACUCCGACAGUAAUUGCCAGGAUUCAUCUUAAGUUAUUUGAGGUUGUAAAAUCCACGAGUUUUGCAACGAAAGUCAAUUAGUGCAAUCUUUUGGUAAACUAUACUCAAUUCAAUUACCACACUAGUGGGGGCGUUUACGACGAAUGAUCGACAAGUUCAUCACAAUUUUGUUUAAUUAGUCAAUUUUGCCAAGGUUUACUCAAGACAAAUUUUGUCCCCCGUGCGUUUGAAAAUUUGUCUGCUUUGGCCAAGAUUUGUCAAGCCGCAACGAACCUUCUGCACUUGUAGAGUGUUGGUGAUGACAGAAACUUUGUCUAAAUAAACAAUUUCGUUGCUAGUGUGGAUAGGCCCUAAUUUCACUUAUUUUCUAUGCCCAUAAUUCCGUAGCCAACUAGCGAUUUUUAACCUAAUUGUAAUUCCAUCAUAGAGUUGACAGUUACCAUCAUCAAUUUUGACUUCAUGAAUCGAUUUCGUUUUAAAUCGCAUAAAGCCCUGGUGCGACCUUGAUUUUUUAAGAAUUUAUUUUUACUAUCCAUCGAAAAGAGGGCUCCUAACACUUACCCUCUUCCAUUUCUGUCAUUAGGUCGACGUAUUUUGAAGAGGAGGGAAGACUAAUAGCCUUGCUCGUCAAGUUUUGGAUGAUGAAUAAGAUGCGUGAGCUAUUUUCAGUCUUAACAAAUUAACAUUAAAGAUGAAAAAGAUUUUUGAAGUUGGGUUUACAGAAAAUUACUUCCCUAAUGAUACGUGAUUUUUUUACAUCAUCAUCAAAAGCAAAAAAAAAAAAACAACAUUUAUUGUUCAUAGGCUAAGGCCAAGUUAAAUUCUCAGAAAAGUAUACAUAAAUCGCCCGAUAAAAAAUUUGGUGCAUGGCGGGACAGAGUUUUAUACAUAAGGUACAACAAUUGGUAGGAUUCUUACAUGUAUAAAUGAUAGGUGCACGUAUUUCGUUUGUUUUGUCUUCUUUUUGUUUUGUUUGUUUGUUUGUUUGCUUGUUUUCAUAAUUUUGCCGUUUCUUACCUUGAUCUGAUUAUAUUACUUUACAAUAUUGAAUAACAAAAUUAAGUGAUCUGUUGAACUAAAACUCGAAAUUAAAGAAAAUUCGAUUGGACUAGGCAUUUAGCUCUUGAACUUAUUUCAAGUAUACUUAGAACAUUGUCUCGCGCCUUUUUUUUUAAGUAAGCAUGUUUUGAACGAGUUGGCUAUUGACAUCAGCAAGUAGUUGAAUAAUUCCUUUGCAUAUUGAUAAUUAUUUUAGAGUGAAAAUGUACGAGCUUAAGGGAAGUGUUUUGAAUUCGGAUUCACUUUUACGUAUGUAUGCGAGGAUAACUUAUUUAUGAUAGAAGCAGUAAUUCAGGCAAUGGUUUUGUCGUUUAGUGCGAAUGGAAAUGAUCAACUUUGUGUAUUGUAAAGCUAAUAUCGAUUUGUUUUAAAGGUACUAUCGACCCCUUUUCCGUAGGUACUGUUAAUUAAGAAGCUGCGUCAUGACUUGCAGUCCUGAAAAUUUUGACCUAAUACUAGUCUUUGACUGUUUCUUCCUGGAAUUUGUAGAAUCCUUGAUUUAGCCACAUGAUCAGGUUUCUUUAUACUACUCGUAGUGAAGCCAUGCCGAACCAAUGGUUUUGUAGCUAAUGAAUUAAUAUUUUUAUCAUUGCUUAUGAAGUGUUACUCCGGUAGUGCCAAUCGAAUACCAAGUAGUGUCCAGUGAAGUAGGCAUUACCAUUUGUAGGCUCCUUCUCCGGAAACGAAAUGUUUCCCUUUAUUGUAAAUUUUUCUGACGUAAUCACCUUAAAAUGUAGUGCUGUAAACGUUCUACUGUUAAACUUGACUAUUUUAGGGUAAUAUUGUACCUUUCAGUUUUCUAUGGUGACCCACAAGUGUCACGGCGACACAACGCCAACUCAGGGCAAGGCAACGCCAAUUUUUCACGGCGGAAGUGAGAAGCCAUGGCGAAAAUGAAAUGCCAUGACGGAAGUAAAUUUAGAGCACAAUAUUGUUUACUAUCCCAGAACGUUGGUGGUUCUUAAGCAAAAUCGAAAUGAUUCGUACUUGUAGCUAAUGGUUCCCUAUUCAACAUGUUUAGUCCAAGUUGUGACCAAGAACUUCUCUAUGAAGAUGCUACUCGUACUCGAAGCUCUCGAAGAAGUAAUAGCGGAUGAGGCCUUCUUCGUUGUCUUCUGACGAAUCGAAGUACUCACCUUACAGGUCAAUUUCCACAAAUUUCGCCAUAGUUCACCAAAACGUAUUAUAGCCUGUAAUGGAAUAGUUGCCAGGUUACAUCCGCCGUGGCAUUUCACUUCUUCCGUGAAAAACUAGCGUUGUAUUGCCAUGAGUUUUGUUUUUCCCGUGACACUUAUGGCCCUCUGCAGUUUUCAUAUUACUCAUGUUGGUUUACUAGGGCCACACAAGAAUGAGGGUGAAAAUUUAACAAAUAAAUUUUUCUCAAUUCUUACUUGGCCGAAGGACACAUCAUUUAAUCAUCUGGAUGUACAAUCCUAGUUCAGUUACCAAUCUCUGUGCAGGGGCAUGACACGCGAGCGUUAAUUAGGUGGUAGUUUGACGAACGACUGUCAAUCUUAUGUCAGUUUUAUCGUGGUCACCUAAAAGAACUUUUAAUAACAACAGCCUUGUUAGCAGUUCAGUUACCAAAUGGAACAAAACAAGUUGUAACAAUCGCACAAAGUCAAUAAACCAGAGUGAAACUGAAAAUGUA